AUGUGUUCCAUUGAUGGAUUUCUUGAUAUGGAAGCUCAGACUAUGGAAAAAGGAAAACGAAAAAGAGAGACGGUGUCUUGCCGUCAGUAUUAUUGUUACAAAUUCCAGAUAAGAGAGGAUGAAAAAAAUGAAGUCUUACAUUGUGGAAGAUUAUUUCAACAAUUCAUAGUAGAUGUGUUCAUAAAGCUAGAAACACAAAGAUUAGAUUUUUAUUUUUUUAAUCAAGAUUUAUUUCGAAUAGAUGUGCUUCAAGGACUUAUUGACUUUUUAAGACUUGGUGAAACAGAAGCUUCCAAGAUUGGCAAGAAAACAUUCCUCCCUGUUACUUUUAUAGGAGGGCCAAGAGAUAUGCGUCGACGGUAUAUGGAUGCUAUUGCAUUAGUACAACGUUUUGGAAAACCUGAUAUAUUUUUAACUAUGACAUGCAAUCCAUCUUGGCCAGAAAUAAAACAGCACUUGUUAUCAACGGAUGAAACACAAAAUAGACCUGAUUUAGUAUCACGAGUAUUCAGAGCAAAAGUAGAAGAAUUAAAAGCAGAUAUCUUGAAAAGAAAAAUCUUUGGAAAAGUUGUUGCUUUUAUGUAUACUAUAGAAUUUCAAAAACGUGGUCUUCCGCAUGCUCAUUUUCUUAUCGUACUUAGUGAUGAAUGCAAAUUAUUAACACCUGAAUCUUAUGAUAAGUUUGUUUGUGCUGAGUUACCUGAUCGUAACACCCAUGAGCACCUUUAUUCACGCGUGCUUCAACAUAUGAUGCACGGACCGUGUGGUGAUUUAAAUCCUACAAAUUCAUGUAUGGGAAAAAGAGGAUUUUGUAAAUUUGAUUAUCCAAAAGAUUUUGCUGAGCAAACAUCGAAAGGAAAGAAUUCGUAUCCAAUUUAUAGAAGACGAAACACAGGCGAACUGGUACAUAUAAGAGAACAAUAUUUAGAUAAUUCAUGGGUUGUCCCAUACAAUCCUUACUUACUUCGUAAGUUUGAUUGUCAUAUGAAUAUUGAAGUUUGUUCUGAUAUUAAAGUUGUAAAAUAUAUUUACAAAUACAUUUGCAAAGGACAUGAUAAAGUUGUUUUUUCUAUACAUAACAAUGAAGAAAUAGAUGAAAUAAAAGAAUAUCAAUCUGCUAGAUGGGUAACACCUCCCGAGGCGGCAUGGCGGUUAUUUGGUUUUCCUAUUAGUGAAAUGACUCCGAGUGUUUAUCAUCUUCAAUUACAUUUAGAAGGGCAACAAUUUGUUUCUUUUAAAAGUACUGAAACUGUUAAUCGCAUUCUAAAAAAUCCGAUGAUUAGAAAAACAAUGUUGACUGAAUUUUUUGCUAUGAAUGCAACUGAUGAACAUGCUAUAGCUAUGCAAUUAUUGUAUAAGGAAUUUCCCGAACAUUUUGUAUGGUCUCCAGGAUAUAGAACGUGGACACGUCGGCAAAAAUGUAACGUAAUUGGACGUGUUGUAACAUGUCACCCAACAGAAGGAGAGAGGUAUUAUCUCAGGUUAUUAUUGAUGAACGUGAGAGGACCUAAAUCAUAUGAAGAUCUUCGCACCGUUAACGAGGUACCUUGUAGUACAUUUAGAGAAUCAGCAGAAAAAAGAGGAUUAUUAUACUCCAACAAUAGUCUAAUUGAAUGUUUGUCGGAGGCCGUAAGUUAUCAAAUGCCAUAUAGCUUGAGACGUUUAUUUGCCACACUUUUAGUAUAUUGUAAUCCUGCUAAUCCAAAAAUAUUAUGGGAAAUGUUUGAAGAUUCAAUGUCCGAAGACUUUAAACAUUUCUCUAAUUUUGAAGAAAAAGUUGUUCGGCACAAGGUUUUAAGCCAUAUCAAUGACAUUUUACACUCUAUGGGACACGACAUAAAUGAAUAUAAGCUUAUUCCGGAGAAGAUUAAAGCUUCUGAAACUGCAAAGGAUGCAAAGGAUGUUCAUUUUGAAAGAAAUAUAAUUGUUAGUGAACAAGACUUGCUCCUACCGAAGAAAUUGAAUGUUCAACAAUUACACGCAUAUAACAUAAUAAUUGAUAGAGUAUUUUCUGGAAAACAAGGAGCUUUCUUCAUCGAUGGUCCUGGAGGAACAGGUAAAACUUUUUUAUAUCGUGCAUUAUUGGCAACUAUCCGAUCUCAACGAUUUAUAGCUUUAGCAACUGCAACUUCUGGUGUAGCAGCUUCUAUCCUUCCAGGAGGACGAACUGCUCAUUCGCGGUUCAAAAUGCCUAUUGAUAUAGAUGAUAAUUUUCGUUGCAACAUUAGUAAACAAAGUUCACUCGCACAUCUAAUUAGAGAUGCAAAAUUAAUUGUAUGGGAUGAGGCAUCAAUGGCAAAAAAGAAUAUGAUUGAAGCUUUUGAUGCACUUUUGAAAGAUAUUAUGGACAUUGAUAGUAUGUUUGGUGGUAAAGUUGUUGUAUUUGGAGGUGACUUUAGACAAACUCUACCAAUUGUUCGAAAUGGAAAAAAAGAAGAUUUUAUACGUGAAAGCUUAUUGUAUUCUGAAAUUUGGAAUAAACUUGAGAAAUUAUAUCUAUCUGAAAAUAUGCGCGCAAGAACAGAUCCUUCUUUUUGUGAAUAUUUACUUCGAAUUGGAAAUGGAACAGAAAGAACUAACUGUGAAGACAAAAUAGAGAUUCCUGAUUCUUUUGUUAUUCCUUUUACGACUGAAGUUGAAUCCUUGGAUGCACUGUUUAGUGUAACGUAUCCUGAUUUGCAUGCAUUUUCUCCUGAUUCAUCUAUGAUAACCUCUCGUGUUAUUUUAACAACGAAGAAUGACUUUGUAAACGAAAUAAAUAAUAUGUUAAUCAAUAAAUUCCCAGAAAGGUCUAAAACAUUUGUUGCAAUAGAUGAAACUAUUGAACCGAAUGAUCAAAGCCAGUUUGAAGAUUUUCUGCAUAGUUUAGAUCCUCCUGGUUUACCGCCUUAUAAGUUAACUUUAAAGCAGAAUUGUCCAGUUAUAUUGUUACGAAAUCUGAAUCCUUGCGAAGGUUUAUGCAACGGCACACGGUUAACAUGUUGUGAUUUUAGAACACAUGUCAUAAGUGCUAAAAUUGAAAGUGGUGAUUUCAAAAAUACACAUGUAUUUAUUCCAAGAAUACCGUUGUUAACAUCACAAGAUGAAAAAAUACCUCUUCAAUUUAAGAGAACACAAUUUCCCCUACGCUUAUGCUUUGCUAUGACCAUAAAUAAAGCUCAAGGUCAAACAUUAGAUUUUGUUGGAAUUUACUUACGUGAACCUGUUUUUUCUCAUGGUCAACUUUAUGUUGCUUUAUCAAGAGCGAAAAGUUCAAGCUGUGUUAAGAUACUGAUUCGCCCAUGUACAACAGAUACUAAUGAUGAUCAUUCAACAUAUAAUGUGGUUUAUGAUGAAAUUAUUCAGAAAGCUUUCUCGUAA